AUGGUUGACCCGGCUGUCCUCAAACAAAUCAAGAUCCAGACAGGUGUAGUGAAACGUCUUGUGAAGGAGCAUGCAAGCUACAUUAAAGAAGUUGAAAAGGAAAUGCAGAAAAUUGAAAAAAUGAAGGCAGAAGCUCAGAACGAGGAUGAUGAGUACGCUGUUAAGAAAGCAGGACAAGUGCUACAGGAAACCCGUGGGAUGAUUGGCGAUACAGCUCGACGAUGUGCAACAGCCGCAUCUGAACUACAGAAGCUCAUCGAUGAAGCCGCUCUUGAGGACUGCCAAGAAUUAACUGACGCGAAAGCUCAGAUUGAAGCUGCUUCUGCCGUAACUGUUGCGUAA